CGCGGCUUGCCCUGGAAAGACUUGGGAAGUAAAUGCCAAGGCUUGUCUAUUUGGGUUUGUUUACGUAGGAAGCGAACGAGUGUUUUUGCGUAAAGAGGUUUGGCCAAAAGGCUCCCUUUGAGAGCUUGACGAGAGUGGCUGCACUGACGAGAGUGGAGACACUGUGCCUCAUUUUCUCCAGUGCUGGUGGAUAUGAAGGCGGCCACCCUGCUGACUGUCCCAAUGGCUGAUAUGGAUGCUUGUCGGUAUUCCAACUGUACCAGCCGGAGCUUGGAAAAUGGCAUUUUGGCUCAGGUCUCCUCCAUUUUGCCCCAGCCUCUCUGCUCAGCUCCUUCCUGGGCAGCACCGGCCUCCACCAGCACCUCCUGCCCGGCACUCCAGACGCCCAGACUCAUCACCACCACUGCUUCCUCCUCUCUGCUCACCACCACCUCUACCAUGUUCACCUCCCCUCUGCUUUGCACUGAGAAUACCCAAAUUAAGCAAGACCCCCUCCUCUUUCCCAUUCUCCCUUCUUCUCUUCUCUGCACUGAGAACACCCAGCUAAGUCUGGACCCCCUGCUGUUCCCUACAGUCUCCCCAUCUCUUCUCCACACUGAGAAUACCCAGCUGAAACGGGGCUCUUUCCUCUCCUCCUCUCUCUCCUCUCCGUACUGUUUGAGCCCUUUGCUCCAGAGCACACUGACACCUGCUAGUGGCCUUUUGCCUGUGUGUUGUACCAGUGUUCUUCCCCAAGAAAAGCUGGAUGUUACAGUGAAAAGGAGAAAAAGAGAGCAAGACAGCCCUUGCUCUGCUGAAGAGCUGCUACCACAGAGUGCGGAGCCAAAUGAGGACUUGGAACAUGAGGACCUUGUGGAGAUGGACCAAGAAUUGCCCUUGGAGAUGCCUGUCCUGGAGCUGAGACUGACUGAGGAAGAUGAGAAGCAGACGGUUGAGCUUGGAGAAGAGUUUGGGACGGUUGACACAGGCUCAGAUGAACAAGCAGAACUGCUGAAAAAAAGGAAGUAUAAGCUGUUAAAUCUGGUGUGCUGCUCCCUGGUACAAAAGUGUGCUGCUCCUGACCAGAAGGACCAGCAUCCCUUGACUUUGUGGUCUCUGAUAAAAGGCCUAGCCACAGAUAUCACCAUCAGUGAUCCAGAGUUCGUCCUCAAGGUAGCCGUAUACACCAGGCAGGAGCUGAACAUUCGCAUCACGGCCAACUUCCUGCUGGCCUUGGCUGCCCACCUGCCCGGCUCCAAGCCCCACCUGCGGAGGUACUUCUGUGCAGCCGUGCAGCUGCCCUCUGAUUGGCUGGAGGUGACGAGGAUUUACAGUGUGUGUUUCAGCCCCUCUCUCCCGUCAUGUCUGAAGAAAGCCCUGACGGAUAAGUUCAAGCAGUUCAGCGAGUAUCAGCUAGCCAAGUACAACACACGCAAGCACCGCUGCAAGCAUAUUCAGAAGAAACGCAAAGCCUUGGAACCAUCUCCUGAGCAGUGGGAGAAAUGGGCAAGCCUUGUCAGAUCAGAUCCCAAGAUGCUUAAAAAAUUUUUGUUGAUGGAUGAGCGCCCAGUCGUGGAUAAAAAGCAGAGCGAAUUCAACAUGAAGAAGAUGAUAAAACGCCUCCAUAUUAAAGAGCCUUCAGAGUUUGUCAUGGCCAUUCUGGGGAAAAAGUACCCAGCUGAUAUAAAGGCCUUUGCACGCAGUGGUCUGAGUGGUUUGUGGCAGAGAGAGAGAGCAGGCCAGCGUAUGAAGCUGAGGCAGCCAGACACAUGGGAGACCAGACUGAGUCGAGAGGGAAACACUGCAGCCGCUUGGGAAAAGCUCAUAGACAGUAACUCACUGCCCUUCAUGGCUAUGCUAAGGAACCUGAGGAAUAUGAUCACCCAAGGCAUCAGUGAGGAACACCACAAGAGGAUUCUGAAGAGGCUGACCUCAAAGUCUUCUGUGAUACAGAGCAGGCAGUUCCCUUUUCGUUUCCUGUCUGCCUAUAAAGUGAUUAUGGAGCUCAGCAAGUUAAUUGGUGGCUCUAUAAAGCCCGUGCCCAACAGUAAGGAUCUCCUGCAAGUGGUCCUUAAGAGCAUUCCGAAGAGUCGGCGUUACAGUCGCUUCGACUGGUCCACAGCCAGCCGGAAGAGGCUCCGUGUGGCGCUCACCAUCCCUUUCGUCUACCGCCUUUACAGAGCAAAACGCAGCCUGCAGCAGAAAGCCAGUCAGAGGAGGUUCACCCAGGAGCUCCUGGAUCGCUACCGGCAGGCUCUGGAGACAGCUGUGCAGAUCUCCUGCAGAUACAACAUCCCCCCUCUGUCCGGACGUACGCUGAUCAUCUUCACGAACCGCUGGGGGAGAUGGCCACACUUGAAGCCUGUAUACGACUUCUGUCUGCCUCCAGACAUUUCAGACAGUACGGAGAACACCAGUCGUCCACCGUUGUCACAGGAGGCGGGCCUACUACUGGCCAUGAUGAUCACCUACUGCUGUGAACAUUCACAGUUACUGUUGUCGGACAGCACAGGCAUGCAUGAGCUUCAGCUCCAGCCCGAUGCGCUUUUGAAUAAUGUGAAACAUGGAGUGAAGCUGUUGCAGGAAUUUGAUGAUGUGCCUCAGAGGAUACCUCACAGUACAUUUUUCUCCAAGUUGACUGAGGAGAAGACAAAGGUAGAUACUAUAAUCUUGCUGGAUGAACAUUUUAUGUGUUGGAAUGUGGAAACUGAAGUUGCAAAGUUCCAAAAGGAUUCUGUCAGUGAUCCUUUAGUGGUGAAGAUAUUAUUCAGUGCAUCGGAUUUAAUUCAUAACCUUGAUGACCCAAGAACUGUGAGCCUCUGUGGCUUUAGUGAGCAGAUCCUUAGGUUUAUUUCAGAGAGAGGCUCCUCCAGGCUCUUGGACCAUGUAGAGUGCAUCGACAAGCUGCACAACAUCCCUCUUCCACAAGGUGGCGGUGCUAAGCCCAAGGAAGCGACCAACGUCCUGCCACUGCCUGCUACACCCAAGAUCAGGUGGCGUGGGGUGCGAGUGUUCAUCUCAUCCACGUUCCGAGACAUGCACGCUGAGAGGGACGUGCUGGUGCGCAGCAUCUUCCCGGAGCUAAGGAGACGCGCUGCUCCACACUGCCUCUACCUGCAGGAGGUGGAACUGCGCUGGGGCAUCACCGAGGAGGAGUCUGGCCGGGCUGUGGAGCUCUGUCUGUCCGAGGUCUGCCGCAGCCAGCUGCUUGUGGGAAUUUUGGGAGAGAGAUACGGGCUGGUGCCUCCCCGGUCUUCGCUGCCUGAUCUGCCCCACUACAGCUGGCUGAACUCUGCCCCUGCUGGACUGUCAAUCACUGAGAUGGAGAUUCGUCAGUUUCAGGCCUUGUAUCCAGGCUCUGCUCACAACCGCAUGUUUUUCUACUUCAGAUCACCCCACCUGGUCAGUUCAGUGCCUGAGACCUGGAAGGCAGACUUUGUGGCUGAGUCCAAGGAAGCUGCAACUAAAAUGGACGAACUGAAAAAAUGGAUCCGCAGCAACCAUUUCAGAGUCAAAGAGAAUUACCCAUGUGAGUGGGGUGGGGUCAUAGAUGGAAGGCCCUAUGUGAAAGGCCUGGAGCACUUUGCCAAUGCUGUAAUGGAGGAUCUGUGGGCAUCUUUGCAGAAGCUCUUUGUGGAGGAAGCAGAUGAGGCUGAUUUAAGAUCAGAGAUUAAAGAACAAGAAGUGCAUCAGGAAGCCCUGCAGCAACGAUUCCAUGGCAGAAAGAAAUUGGUUUCCAUGGCAUUAGGAAAAGUACAACAAUGUCAGCAAAAAGGGGGGAUUCUGUUGGUGGAGGGUGCUCCUGGAGAGGGCAAAACACUUUUUAUGGCUGCCUUGUCUCAUGCACUCAGAACUCCUGACAAGACCAAGAAAGUGCCUGUUUGUGAUGUCAUAUCCUAUUCCACUGCUGCUAGUCUGUCUGCUUGCAGCAUUGAACACCUCCUGCGCUGUCUAGUCCAGUGGUUGAGGAAGAGGAAGGAGCAGGAGGAGGAGCUACCUUCCAGCACAACUUAUAUAGACCUGUUGUCAGAGUGGCACUCACAUUUGACUAAGCUCAGGAAAGACAAACCUCUGGCCUUGCUUGUUGAUGGGGCAGACCUUGUGCAUGAUACAAGAGGUCAAGGAAGUUCUGAAUGGAUACCAGAACACCUUCCAAAGGGUGUCUGUCUGGUCCUCAGUGUCACCACAUCUUCAUCCCUCCAUAACACCAUAAGCAAGAUGAAAGGUUCUGUGUUGUUUCCACUGGGACAGUUAUCCCUGCCGGACAGAAAGGAAAUAGUACAGAAGGAGCUUGAUGUGUAUGGAAAGAAACUGAGUGAUUCUGCAUUUAAUAACCAGCUUCAAGCUCUGAUGAUGAAGAAGGCAGCCAUGAGUCCUUUAUACCUCCAUUUAGCCUGUGAAGAGCUCAGGAACUAUGCCACCUUUGAAAAGAUGAAGGACAGUCUGCAGGCUCUUCCUCACUCUCUGUGCGAUUUGGUGAAGCAUUGCCUGCUCCGGCUGCAGGCUCAGUACAGCGGAGCAGGGCUGGCCCAGGCCCUGGCAGCGGUGGCCCUCAGUUCCACUGGUCUGAGGGAGAGAGAUCUGUACUCCCUGUUGAAUCUGGGCAGGGAUAUGGCCUCAACACAGCACCCUGUCACCUGGAAGGAAGUACUCACACUUGCCCGGAACCCAAAGAGCCGGGUGCCCAUGGCAACAUUUUCCCAGCUAGCUCGAAGUUUACAGAGCUUGAUCCAACCGUCUCUUUCUCAUGAGCCGGAUGAGCCGCUGAUCCUGACCAAUCCAGACAUGAGGUCGGCUUUUGAGCAGCUCUACCUCUGUGAACAGGAGGCAAAAGACAAAGCACAUCUGAUACUGUCAGCUCACUUCUGGAUGCGGUCGGACCCUCGUGGGAAGGCAACGUUUCUUCACUGUGAUGCAGACAUGCUCGUUCAUUUACCUACUCACCUGAUGAAAUGUGGUCAGUGGGAGGCCAUGCAUUUUUUGCUUUCCAGUUACUACUUCCUGUAUGCUAAUGUGCGUCAUGGACUCCUGCACCCUUUGUUGGAGACUUACCUGCAAUUUGAAAAGUCUAAAGAAGCUGACAUGCACCACAGAGCUGAGACAUUAGAUGACUUGGAUGAGCUUCAGGCCUGUCAUGCUUUCCUGAAGUGCCACGCCCCCCUCCUCUCCCAUUGGCCAGCUCUGUUUGUGCAACAAGCUCUGAAUGAACCAAACAACUCAGGUGCUCAUGCCUGGGCCAAGAGGAUUGUGGAAGAGGGAGAUUUGCAUGCAAUAAGGUGGCGGAAUCCUGAAGACUCGCAGCAAGAAGCUGGGGAGCUAGUGUCUACCUUCCAGUGGGGACCCUCAUGUGUGGCACUGAGUCCUGGUGGAGGCGUCGUGGCAGUUGGCACCGGGCAGGGAACUCUCCAUUUCUUCCACACACAGACCAACCAGGAAGUGAAAUCACUGGUUAGCAACUGUGAUGGCAUCGCUGGCUGCGUGUUUCUUGAUGAGUGUGUGCUAGGGACAACCUCCUAUGAUGGACAGGUGGAGGUGUGGGAUAUUAACAGUGGUUGCAGGACAGACCGCCUGAACGCCCAUUCCAACAGGAUCACAGGAUGUGAUGUCAGCUCAGACAGAAAGCACUUUGCUACUGUCUCUUUAGACUUCACUCUGAAGGUGUGGUCCUCCAAGAAGCAUAAGCAGGAGGCUUCUUUUAUGAGCCCCUCCCCUCUGAACUGUGUGACCUUUGAUCCUGAGGGUGCCCUCCUGGCUGUGGGCUGCUGGGAUGGUGCAGUGAGAAUGUGGGAUUGGCUUAAACAAGAGAAGCGCAUGGCUCUGUCAGGUCACCAGUGCUCGGUACGCAGUGUGGCCUUCUCGCCCUCCUCCUCUCUGCUGUGUUCAGGUUGCCUGGCAGGGGAGGUGCGUCUGUGGUCACUUCCUGGAGGCGUCUGCGUGGGGAACUAUGUGGCUCACCGUGGCUCCACCGCAGCGCUCCGGUUCCUGUCUGGAGGAGAUGCACUUCUCAGCGCCGGAGGCGACAGCAUGGUUCAGUUGUGGUCAGCAGGUCUCGGAUGCUCACUUUCCGUGUUCGGGGAGGAAAAGAAAUUGUGUGGGGCACCAGUGUCCAGACACGUAGAAGCUGCUGAGGAUGUUGCUCUCUCUGUGGCUGUAGCUAGUGGCUAUGUUGCUGUGGGUUACCACGGAAACGGUGUGAAGCUGUUCAGCUUGGAGUCAGGCAACAGGGUGUGGUCCAGUGAAGACUUGCGGCUGUCCGUUCCAUGCCUGCUCUGGCUGGAAGCCCCAGGGGGCCAGCAGCUCCUGGCUGGGGCCUUGGACUGCCGUCUUCGACUUUGGAGCGGACAGGGGGCCCGGGGCACAGAGAGCCUGGCCUUGAGAGGAGCUUUUGGGAUCCAGAGGGGAGCCGUCCUCGCCCUGGCACAAAACUCCACAUAUGUGGCUUCUGCCUCAGAUGAUUUCACAAUUGCUUUGUGGAUGAAGAGAGACUUGACAUAUAACACCUGGGUUGAACCUGGUGUGGUGAGCAUUCUGAGAGGUCACAGUGGAGGGGUCACCUGCCUGGCCUUCAGUCCAGACGGCGACCAAUUGCUGUCAGGAGGGAAAGACAAGGCUUUGAUGGUUUGGAAGGUAAACUCCUCUCCUCCAGUUGUCUCCCAGUCUUUGCCACACUGCCAUGGAGACUGGAUCACGAGCUGUGCCUGGACUCCACUGGCUUUGCUGAGCUGUUCUAGUGACUGUAGACUAUGUCUAUGGGAUAUCCAGACAGGAAGUUGCAUCAAAGAAGUCCCAACCUCUUCCUCUCUCAGUACACUGUGCUGCUGGGAGGACUAUGUGAUGGUGGGAUCUGCAGAUGGCCUGCUAAUGGUAUGGAAAUCUGACUUGGGAGUGAUUGCCGAGAUUCAUGCCCACACGUCACGUCUCCAUCAUAGCACUGUCAUCUCUAAUCCAGCUACUGGGGAAGACCUGAGGUCAGAAGACCUGCAGGUCGCCACAGCAUCUGAGGAUGGAACUGUGAAGCUCUGGCACCCUCUGCAGGUGCAGCACCGUAGCACUCUGCUUGGCCACAGUGGAGCAGUCCAGGCCUUGGUGAGUGGGCCUGGCUCCCAGCUCCUCUCCGUUUCUGAGGACCGCUCUCUCAGAGCCUGGAGCAUUAAAGCAGAGAUGCCUCCCAGACCGAUGGAGCUUGUCAGCGCGAUUUGCUUCCUGGAGACAGAGGAGCUUCUGGUGUGUGGGUACAGCUCUGGCAGACUCGAGAUGUGGCAAAAUGAUUUGUUGGUUUAUUCACUGAAGGUAAAUGAUAGCUGCAUCCGAGCAGUAACCGGCAUGCCGGAUGAGCACUUGGCUGUGGGCUGCACAGACUGCUCUGUGACUGUGUGGAAGCUGGAGAGAGGCUCUCAAACAUCUACUGCACGGUACCUUCAUUUGUCGAAAGUUUCGUCAUACACUUUGGAGAGUAGCGUGAAAAUGCUGUGUUACUGUACUGUUCUACUGGGAGUGUGUGAGGAUGCAACCAUCAUCGACAUCUUUUCCACCGUGAAAGAGCAUCGCAGAGAAAUGACAGACUGGCAACACAGCCUGCGAAUUUUGGGCCUUGCCAAAGAUGAUGCCAGUGGUUUGUGGCUGGUGGGAGAGGAAGAAUUGAAGAUCAAGCUUUGCUACCUGCUGUCUUUAGAUCAAGACCUGAGCUUGAAUUCGUGUGCCAGCUCAUAUGUGCCUGAGGUGAAUUACUCUCAGGAUGCAAAGGAGGAUGAGGUUGAAUGCAUGAAGAAGCAGCUCUUCAUCACAGCUGCUGCCACACAUAAAGAGUUUAUUGUAUGUGGGGAUUGUAAGGGGAACAUGUGGUUCAACCAGCCACCAAACCAGUUGUUGUUGAGUCCAAGAAAGCCGGUUCACAGUGAUAGAAUCAGUGUAUUGCGCCUCACAGACAGCACCAUCAUCACCGCCUCUUAUGAUAGGACGAUCAAACUGUGGGACAGAAACACAAAGAAACAGGUGGGACUGUUUGUGUGUGCGGCUGCGGUGGAGGUGCUAGAGGUUAACCCAAACGACCCCAGUCAGUUGGUGUGCGGGGAUGCACUGGGGAAACUCUACUUCCUGUCCUGGACUGGAUGAUUAAAUCCUCCCCACUCUACCCUUUGUCAAAAGACAAACUUUGAUUUAUCACUCAGAGCUAUGGAUAGUACAGUGGAGCAUCAUAACUACAUUUAAAUGCUCAUUAUUACUGUUCUGGUUACACACAUUUUUAAAAAACCUUGUAAUUCUAAAGUGGGCUUCAGCAAUGGGCUUCAGCAAUCAUGUUCUUUGUUUUGAUGCAUUCUUGGUUUAUAGAAUAAUUCUUAAACGGUAAUAGUAUAUGUACUUUGGAGCUCCUCUCUGUAGUGUACCUCUACAAAUUUAAAACAUGACACUAGUCGAUUUUCUCUGUUUUUGAUUUUGCAUAUGCACUGUUGAAUAAGGAAAUAAAAGUACAUGCAUUUCCUUGGAUAAUAAAAUGUGUAACAUUUGCUUAAUUGAAAAGUACAUUAAAGACUGACAAAAAAACACAGAUUAUUAAUUACCCAAGACCUCAAUAAUGUAAAUCUCAUGUUACCAGGUUGAACGGAAAUCUUAAUUGCUUAAACAGUUGUAUAGCAAGUACUGCUUAAUAAGAAACAUGAUAAACCUAUGUCCUUUUGACAGGUUCAUAAACUCCUUCCACCCCCUCA